AUGAAGCAGAAGGAGGAGUACAAACAGGAGAAGGUUGAAUAUCGGGCGAAAUGCCGGCUCGAGUUGGAUACGCUGAAGGAUCGGGUUGAGAAAUUGAAGCGUCAGGUGGCAAUGCACGAGAAUAAACAGGAUGAUCAAGCACUGGGUCUGUUAAAAAUGGAGGAAAUGCACGCUCAAAUGGCCUUGAAGCACAAGGAACUGAAGCAUGCAGCAGCUCAACAAACUCGCGCGGUCUGUCGCAAAUUGAAGCAAAUCGAUGAGAUUCCUUCUCGUAUUGAGUUGGUGCAGUACGAAAAGCGGUUUGUGGAGCUUUACGAUGAGGUGGCGUUAACGCUGGAUGAGACGCGUAAGUAUUACUGCAUUUACAACACGCUGAAGACCACACACGAUUUUUUGGAAAAGAAGAUCUCGUUGAUCAAUAGCAUCAGCGAAAACUUUGAAGUCGCGAUGGAUUCCAAGACCGCAACUCAAGCUUUUUUCGUGCAAGUUGACAACAUCAUUGAAAACGUCCAGGGCUUAGUACGUAAGCAGCAGGCCGCCCGAGACGACUUCCAAUCGAAUGUGGACACAUUAGAUAGCAAGUACCAGUUGCUGCUGGAACAUGAGCGAAUGUACACAAACGCAAUUCUCGAAUUUCAGAAGGAGUGCGAAAAACACGAGAAGUUAUCACUUCGGCUUGAAAAGAUGGCUCAGCUCUAG